AUGAGGGAAAUCCUCCACAUCCAGGGUGGUCAGUGUGGUAAUCAGAUUGGAUCCAAGUUCUGGGAAGUAGUAUGUGAUGAGCAUGGUAUCGACCCCACUGGGAGAUACACUGGAAAAUCCGGCGUGCAACUCGAACGUGUUAAUGUCUACUACAACGAGGCAUCUUGUGGUAGAUUUGUUCCUAGGGCUGUUCUCAUGGAUCUGGAGCCGGGUACCAUGGACAGCGUCCGCACUGGUCCAUAUGGGCAGAUAUUCCGUCCGGAUAACUUUGUAUUUGGGCAGUCUGGUGCUGGAAACAACUGGGCAAAGGGGCAUUACACUGAGGGUGCAGAACUCAUUGACUCUGUUCUUGAUGUUGUCAGAAAGGAAGCAGAAAACUGCGAUUGCCUUCAAGGUAUAUUUAGUCUCCAAUGCAAACGCGACUUAAAUUUGUACGUGUGUGUGCGCGCGUGAAAAUUUCUGUGGUCUCAGUGCGGUGACUUAGUUUUUAUUACUUGCUCUAGUGCUGGAUUUAUCAUUAAGAAAUAAUCCACGAAACUGUACACCAUAAUGGUUCCUGCUCUUCCCAGAGUUCUCUUCUUUAUUAGUUAGUGUCUAUGAAAAUUUUCUGUUCGAGCUAGUCACCUUGGACCUUAACUCCCGCCUUGAACUGGGCAAGGGGGGAUUUUGUGUUCAGCGCCUGUAUCAAGAACUGUCUUUUGAGACCAGUUUUGCUGCUUCCCUGAGUUCAGGUUUCCAGGUGUGCCACUCUCUCGGUGGAGGAACUGGCUCCGGCAUGGGAACACUGCUCAUCUCGAAGAUCAGAGAGGAGUACCCCGAUCGGAUGAUGCUCACCUUCUCUGUCUUCCCAUCUCCCAAGGUCUCAGACACAGUGGUGGAGCCUUACAAUGCGACGCUCUCCGUCCAUCAGCUGGUGGAGAAUGCGGAUGAGUGCAUGGUGCUUGACAACGAGGCCCUCUAUGACAUCUGUUUCCGGACGCUGAAGCUCACGACCCCCAGCUGUGAGCCUCCUCCCUCAACCUCAAUGCUUCUCCGUCAUCAUUUAUUAGCUAUCAUAUACCCACAAAUGGCUAAAUCCCCCAUCUUCUUCUGCUGGUUCUCUGUGUGGGUUUGCUUUCGCAGUUGGCGACCUGAACCACCUGAUAUCUGCCACCAUGAGCGGCGUCACCUGCUGCCUCCGUUUCCCCGGACAGCUGAACUCCGACCUCCGGAAGCUCGCCGUGAACCUGAUCCCAUUCCCCCGGCUCCACUUCUUCAUGGUGGGCUUCGCCCCGCUGACUUCCCGUGGCUCGCAGCAGUACCGGGCGUUGACCGUCCCGGAGCUGACGCAGCAGAUGUGGGACGCCAAGAACAUGAUGUGCGCCGCCGACCCCCGCCACGGGCGCUACCUGACCGCCUCUGCCAUGUUCAGGGGGAAGAUGAGCACCAAGGAGGUGGACGAGCAGAUGAUCAACGUGCAGAACAAGAACUCGUCCUACUUCGUGGAGUGGAUCCCCAACAACGUCAAGUCCAGCGUCUGCGACAUGGCCCCUCGGGGGCUCUCCAUGGCCUCCACCUUCAUCGGCAACUCCACCUCCAUCCAGGAGAUGUUCCACCGGGUCAGCGAGCAGUUCACCGCCAUGUUCCGCCGCAAGGCCUUCCUCCACUGGUACACCGGCGAGGGCAUGGACGAGAUGGAGUUCACGGAGGCCGAGAGCAACAUGAACGACCUGGUCUCCGAGUACCAGCAGUACCAGGACGCCACCGCCGAAGACGACGGCGACUACGACGAGGACGAGGAAGCAGAUGCCGACCACGAGGAGCCCUAA